AUGGUGUUCGGAAAAGCUUGCAACGAUGUUUCCGACAUCAUCUUAGCUCUCAGAGGAUCGAACAUUUCCUUCGAACACCGAGAUGCAUGGAAACUUUCCGAUGAAGAUAUUUCUGCCAUUUGGCAACUCUCACUACCAAACUCGUCUAUGAGAAAACUCUGCAUCCAAUGCUUAGCCUGGGAAUUUCGCGAAGAUCUGGAUGACCCAAGGGACGGAAGCGUAAUUGGACUCCUGAUUAUCAACAGACUGCAUUCUAUUGUCGACAUGCCUGAUUACAUCGUCGAGGAUAUCCAAGCCGAUUUUGACCCCAGCACGCCUUGCGAUUUCCAACAUAAAUACAAUAUCUCUUGGCACGAGAAAAGAGACCGGACCGUUGUGACUUUCACGACCAUCGUGAAGGUCAAAGGAAAUGUGAAGAGGUGA